AUGGACUCGUCAGCCUUAAGCAACCUAAGUGAAGGACUGGGGAAUUUCAAUAUAACGGAUACGGCGACAACGCCACAGAAACUUUUGUUUGGGAUUGGCGUCGACAACUUCAUAACGCUUGUCAUCUUUGGACUGAUAUUUAUUCUCGGUGUGCUGGGAAACUCAAUGGUUAUAACUGUCCUUGCCCGGAGCAAACCUGGCAAACCUCGGAGCACCACCAACAUAUUUAUCCUCAACCUCAGCAUAGCUGACCUAUCUUAUCUUCUGUUCUGCAUUCCAUUUCAAUCGACUGUGUAUAUACUCCCAACCUGGGUCCUGGGAGCGUUCAUCUGCAAAUUCAUUCACUACUUUUUUACGGUAUCUAUGUUGGUCAGUAUAUUCACCUUGUCCGCGAUGUCGGUGGACCGCUACAUCGCCAUCGUGCACUCGAGAAAAUCAUCGUCGAUUCGUGUGGCUAAACAUGCUUUGAUUGGAGUGGUCGUGAUUUGGAUUCUGUCGUUUGCCAUGGCAGCACCAGUUGCCUAUUACAAGCGCAUAGUGAGGGGAAAUAACGGUACCUAUUGUUGGGAAGAGUGGCCGGAUCUGAAUCAAAAGAAGGUCUACGUUGUAUGCACUUUUGUUUUUGGCUAUGUGCUGCCGCUUCUUUUAAUUUCGUUUUGUUAUGCAAAGGUUUUGAACCAUUUGCACAAAAAGCUGCGGAACUUGUCCAAGAAAUCAGAAGCGUCAAAGAAGAAGACUGCCCAGACAGUUCUGGUGGUAGUGGUAGUGUUCUGCUUGUCCUGGCUGCCCCACCACGUGGUUCACCUCUGGGCCGAGUUUGGAACCUUCCCCAUCAACCAAGCUUCCUUUGUAUUCCGGAUUGUGGCCCAUUGCCUGGCCUACAGCAACUCCUCUGUUAACCCCAUCAUUUACGCCUUCCUGUCGGAGAACUUUCGGAAGGCCUACAAGCAAGUGUUUAAGUGUCAGCUUGGCAGCGAAUCCCCUCUCAACGACAUCAAAGAGAUAAGGAGCAAAAUGGACACGCCCCCAUCCACCAAUUGCACCAAUGUCUGACUAAGUCCCUGGGAGGUUCUUGUCUGUAGAAGAGGAUGUAGCCCCUGACCAGAUGCCCUGGCAAAGAUUUCGCCAUUUUGGAGAAGCAAGAAGCAAGAUGGAAAAGCCAUCAAGUCUGUGCAAACAACUGAGGUUGAGAAUUAAUUUUUCUUACUCUUACAUGAAACGAUACAGCGAAAUUUGAAUGUAGAUAACUCAACGAGUGGUUUUAAAUCAUUCACCAUGUCCCAUCAAGACAGGAAUACAUGUCAGUAUUACUGACACCUGUAUGUUAUAAAAUAUAAUUGAUGCCAGGUUAAUGGAAACUGAAUGGGAAGUGUUUUUUCUAAACCUUGAGGAUACCAGAAAUGUAUUUGUUGAUGACAUAUUCAAUGUUUAUGACAUCUCAAUAACUGUGAACAAGAUAACUUUUUCAUGCUGAUUUUUGUGAAUGUAUACUAGUGGCUUAAUUGUUUCUUUCUUCGGUCUUUAAAUGUAUUUAACAAGGUGAAACGAACACCACUGUCUUGGAAAGUGUUAAAAAAAGAAAACAGUAAGGCCGCAGUAAAAAAACUGCAGUUACUGAAUGAUGCACACUCAUGGAUGUGAAAGUGUACACUAUAACAAACACUCACAAUUUUCCUUUUUUUUUGGUACUGGUGUGGAGGAAUCCAUGUUGUAGUCCUCUGGUCUACAAUGCAGAUAAAUAUGGUAGGCCAGUUCAUGUUUUUGGCAGCCCACAUACACUCUGUGAGCACUUUAGUAGGUAUUUAUUAGACCUAUUUUUUAGUAUACUUUAGUAUACUUAUUAAGUAUUCUGCUGCUGUAGCCUAUCCACUUAGAGGUUUAACGUGUCAUGUGUUCAAAGAUACUUUUCUGCAUACCACUGUUGUAAUGUGUGGUUAUUUGCGUUACUGUCACCUUCCUGUCAGCUUUGACCAAUCUGGCCCUUCUCCUCUGACCUCUCUCAUUAACAAUGUGUUUCUUCCUGCAGAACUACUGCACACUAGAUGUUUUUUAGUUUUCGCACCAGUCUGAGUAAACUAUAGAGACUGUUGUGCAUGGAAAUCCCAGGAGAUGAGCAGUUACAGAAAUACUCAAACCAGCCAGUCCACCACCAACCAUCAUGCCAUGGUCGAAAUCACUGAGAUCACAUUUUUUCCCCAUUCUGAUGGUUGAUGUGGACAUUAACUGAAGCUCCUGACCUGUAUCUGCAUGAUUUUAUGCAUAGCACUGCUGCCACAUGAUUGACAUGAUUGAAGAUAAUUGCCUGAUUACUGAUUAGGUGUGGUUAUGUGAUUAUGUUCUACUAAUAAAGUGCUCAGUGAGUGUACAUAUACAUAGGUACUGUAUAUACAGGUAUGUAUCACUUAUCUUGCGUUUGCAUAAACUGUAAAUGUAACAUUUGAAAAAAAAUUUUUUUUAAUGUAGUUUCCCUUUCUUUCAUGCAAAUGAUUAUAAUUGUGUUGGGUAUCUAAGCCAGAAGUGGACACACAGCAGCUCAUGGGACCACAGGUAAAGGAAACUGCAGAAAAUCAGCUGUGCAGUUGAUCAGUUGUAAACACAAUGUCAACCAAACUAAUCAAGGGAAAACCUUUUAGAUUAUGCCAAUUAGAUUUUAUUUUUGCCAAGUCAUAUUCAACAGUGGCCUAGGGAAUUUACUGCUGGUGCCUUGGGCUUUGAUAUAUCAUAUUUUGAUGAUCCUGGACAAAAUAAUGUGAACCCUGGGUAUGUGGAAGACCCCAAUGUGUCCACCCAUUAAAGGAAGAGAUUUAAUUUGUAUUUUUUAUUCUUUCUUUUUUUUACUGAUCAGAGGAUCAGGAAAUCUUUGGAGAAUCUUUUUUUUUUUUGAAUAACAAUUCAAUUAUGAUUUCUGCCAAUAUGAAUAUAAGCAUGGCCUGUAAGAAACACUGUCUCUUUUUUUGUGAUUUCAAGCUGUAAGUCAUGUUUUCACUGACAUGCAGCUGCCCAUCUGUUCAGGGUGGUGUAUUGGGUCAUUGGUGUAUUGAUCAUGGUACGGCACACUAUAAUAAUUUAGUGCAUAAACACAUUGAACCAUAAAGAGAAUUCUGACUAAUUAUAUGAACACAGACCUGUAUACCACAAGCUUCUACUCUGGGUUUGCAAUAGUUUAUUUGGUUAUAUGUUUCAUUUAAACUACAACUGAUCUUCACUCAUAAUUGUACAAAGUGAAAAUCUGGAAAUAUAUCUGUAUUUAUUAUCUGUAACAAGUGAUUGUUGAAAACUUUGGUAUGAAUUUUGUGUAGUGUAGGUAACCUAUUAGUAUCUUCAUUAAAAUAUUUGAGGGCAAUUAAUGUCGGAUUAUGUUUAAUGCUGCUGUCGAUAAUAUAUCUUAUUAAGUACACAUUUUAUUGGAUGGACGUGAUAAGAGUGACAUAUUAAUCAUUCAAUCAUGGGGGGAAAUGUGUCUCGGCAUGAUGAUAUGGUAACUUGUUCACCACUAUAUCGAUAUUUAUAUGAUACUGUAAUGAUUUAUACAGUAUAAAUAAUAUGAUAAUUUCAUUUCUGGGAAAUAAAACUAAAGAAAAUCACAACAGUCCAAUAACAAUGAGCACAUUAGCUAUUUUUGUAUGUUUUUGUUUAGAUCCGGGAUCCAUCUUUUCAUCCUGGUUAUGCUACAAGAAUUGUGCUCUUUAAACUAACUAACUAUAGAUAGUUACUAUAAACUUUUUUGGGGGAAUUGUGUACCCACCAAUGAAUGGUAAAAUAUCACUGGGGCAACGUGCAGAUUAUGUUUAUAUUGUAAAAUCAAAUAUGUGCGUAUAUGUAUUUGCAUAUAUGUAAUGCAGGAUCCUGUUUUGAGUAACUGCCACAGCGCUGGUUUCCAGGUUCUUGAUAGCUUGCAUAAACAUUCUCAGAAAAGUACAGUUAUCAGCCAUUUGCUGACCAAUCCUGACAAUAUGCACUGCAGUUUUUGGGAUGGGAUGGGUACAGAUGUUCAGUGCAAAAUAGCCAUGCACUGACCUGAUUCAGAACUUUGUGGGCUGGCCUUAACUUUCAAUGACAGAUUAAAUAUGCUCACGAUUAAACCAUUGCUACAGUAAUUGAGAAAUGAUUAAAGUGUUGUUGUUUUUUCUAUCUCCUUUUUUUAAAUGACAAGUUUACCUCUGUUUUAAUAUUUUGUGUUGGUAUUGUUCUGCUCUGCCGGUUAUGUUCUGGAUGUUGUUGAAAUAUAUGGACUGGAUUUUAAGUGUACAUGAGAAGAUUUCCACACACAGCUGAAAUGGUAGGCUGUGGCCUACUGACAGCAACAGCAGCACAUGGAGUAACCCCAGGCAAUACUGUCAACUGAGAUAAUAUGAAAGAAAAUGUGAAACUAGUGUUCUCUCUGUGCUGGCCCUGUUAUCCACAAAUAUAACAAGAAAUGACAAGGAUGUGAAAUAGAAUGUACCACGUUUUAUUAAUCAGUAAACUGAUGGGGAUUCCAGGAACAUGGUUUGCAUUUCAAGAGCUUACAAGAAAGGGACAUGAAUAUGUCUGAUAGAAUGGCCGUAUAUAGAUAGUUAUUUAUUUUCAGCCUUUGUUGUCCCACAUUUGCAUUCCUCUAAUUCCUUCCCCCACUGUCUGAACUUUAAAACUGCACAUUAAUUAAUGAGUGCUUCUCUAUUAUUUUCCCAUGGCUGAGAAAAGCUUUAUUGCACCUGCUUGGAUGAAUAAGCAGACCUGCAAUAUAAAUGGCUUAAAUCUCUAAAGAUUUCUUGCAUAUUUUUGCUUGUGUUCACAGAAUUUGCUUUUGUCUUAAAGGGAAACAUGCUGUUACCUCAAAAAAAAGCAAAUAAAUGUUUCCAAUACACUG